GCUAAAUUGCUGAAGUGUACUUUUUACCUCUGUCAAAUCUACAGACAGACUGAAUUCAAGGUUCUAUCUUUUCACCUUCAUCAAUUUACCCAACCCAAUCUGCGAAGCACAAGCGAACUAUUAUUCAGAGCUAAAUGUUGGGGUUAAUUUCUGUUUCGGGUCAACCUCUGUAUUUAGCUAGUGAACCUUCUGGAUCUGGAGUAUAUAAACAGUUAUUUCUGUAACUGAACCACUUGAUCAAUAUCGAAGCGCGUUUUUCCUGUUCCGUGGAAGUAACCCGUUAAUCUAUGACUUUCUGAGUUUAUUCGUGUUUAUUGUAUGAUCUUUGUUUGAUUCUCGGUAUAGGACUUAACAGUAAGACACAGAAACAGAAAUAGCCGAAAUUUCUGUGUUGCGGUACCGGUAGCCUGUGGAAAUCGACAGCUGAGGCAGAGGAUGUUGAGAAAUUGAGGAUAUCGAGGUUUGAUUGGGAGAUGAGGGCUUGUGCCCUUCUGAGCUGGUCCUGGGUCGGAGUUGAACUGAGUUGGACGUUGAUAUUGUGGAUUGGGAGCUCCUGCUGCUUAUAAAAGUUUUCACUAGAUCCACCCCGACCGUAUGCACACCGGGAUGACGGUAUACGUACGCAGUUCACCGUCGCCGUUGCCGUCGACGAGGGUUUCGACGAGUGACUAGUUUCCCAAGACGAGGUGGCCACGGCAUUUUCGUCUCGCGUUUCUUCUUGGUCCUGGCCAGCGAUGGCGUCACCGUCUCGCUUUUCUUGGAGCUGGGCGAUGGCGUAUUCUUCUCCGCUAGCUAUGAUCGAACUGGAGAGUGAUACCAGUGCCUUCGCUAGAUGCACUGCAGAGAUUGGCAACAUUGUGAGGGGAAAGCGGGUAUGCUGCGCAGUGUGGCAAUACUCUUCGAUCGUUCGUAGGAAGACGCAUUCGACGGCGCAACGGGUCGUCGAUAGUUCUAAACUAUACAAAGUGUUUGUUACAAGAUUCAAGCCCUCGAAAAGAAAACAUCCCGUGGAGAAGUACGAUGUGGACUUGCUCGACGUGUAUCGUAAUUGAACCCGAGUUCAACGAAAUGAGCGCGUGAGGCCGUCGAACACCGAGUCCCGAACAGGAUAUCUCGCAGCUGAGAUUAAACCGCUGUCCAUCAGAUCUACGAACUGUGCUUCCCCAUCCACAACUCAUGCAAGUCGAAAUCGAUCAUAUUCGAUUGCAGCUUGAGGUUCCAGGAAUGCCUGAACUGUUCGAGGCGAUGAACACUCGAUGACACCGGGUCACGUCACGUGUCUCACAUUAGGCACACCAUCAGCCCGGCUCAUGCAUAUUGCUCAGGCUGAUUUGCCCUUGGAAGUGGACCUGACUUCAAAGAGUGGAGACUCGAGUAUCUUACUGCGCUUGGAUAAAGUCAAAACCCUCCCUGAACUUUACCGCCGAGAUCGCAGCAUUUGGACGCGGGUGGAAGGUCACUACGGGAGGCUGGAUCUCGACGACUGCAGCCCCAAACAAUUUUACUGAAGAUUCUCGGUUGACGAGGUGAUUUGUCGGGAACGGACCAAUCACGGAAACAGUUACUCUGACCUUUUCGUCGCUAAGUCCAAAGUCUCCCCGUUGACGGGUUGAGAUGAAAGGAAUAUAUCUAUGAUCGUGAGAGUCUAGAUUGUUAGAAUGUUCAAGAGUCAUGUUUUUAUGCUCGGUCAUGUUUUUAUGGAAUAAAUCAAUUGAUGGGACACAUCGUAACACAAAAUACUUGAUGGGGUUCUUUAACAAGGAUUUCUAGCUUUCGAGAAGAUGAGUUGUAAACUUUCAGAGUCUAUAAACACACACAUUAUAGCCCG